CGACUCUGCCAUAUCAAAGUGGGGAAGAGUGUGGUUUUCUGUCUAGGUGGAAGAAUAUAAAGCCCCACCAAUCGGUUGCACGGCCGGCAGUUCACGCGCCUCACGAAACGACGAUGUAAUGCGUGUGCAUCCGAAAAAUCGACGGCGCGUUAAGGAAAAUUGGAAAAGCGGUGGUUUCCUUAUACCCGAUCAACGCAAUCGCGAUCUAUCUGUGAGCACACGCGAGAAUUUAUCGAAAUAUCGCGCGUUUCGAGUAUAAUUUUUUCUCCUCUUCUCUUAUACAUUUAUAUAUGCGUACACAUAUAGUCCUUUUGUGUAUAAGGUGAAACUAUUUUGUGGAUUGUUCAUUUCCUUUUGUGUGAAUAUAACAUUUUCUUGUGAAACAUACGUACUUUGCACGAGAGAAAUCAACAAACGACGGUCAUGGUCGGGUCCACGAAAGUUGAAGAGGGCAAUGGUCCCAAGAUCGAGACCUUCGACGACAUCCUGCCAUAUGUUGGCGAAGCGGGCAAAUACCAGUUGUUCCUCUUCUUUCUACUCUUACCCUUCACAAUUGUUUACGCUUUUUUAUACUUCGCGCAAUUCUUCAUCACUCUCGUGCCUGCCGAAUACUGGUGCACUAUACCAGAGCUGGAACACUGGAAUUUCACCGACCAUGAAAAAAUCGCGAUAGCGAUACCUCCGGCUACGGAAGAGGAAUUGCUGCUGGAAAGCUCCACGGUGUUCUCGAGAUGUUACAUGUAUGAUGUAAAUUAUACCGAGCUGCUCGCGCAGGGUGUUAGACAUAGCAAUUUGUCGUGGCCGAGGGUCCGUUGCAAGAAAGGAUGGACCUUCAAUCACACAAUGGUACCAUACGCCUCGAUCGCUGCCGAGCUCGAAUGGAUUUGCGACAAGACUUUUCUCAGUUCCGCGGCCCAGUCGGCCUUCUUCGUCGGCAGCAUCAUCGGCGGUCUUAUAUUCGGCUACAUAGCCGAUCAUUAUGGCAGAAUCCCGGCGUUAGUGUCUUGUAACGCGGUAGGAUUUUUCGCCUCCAUCGCGACCGCUUUCUGCAACAGCUUCUUGACCUUCUGCAUCGCAAGAAUGGUUGUCGGUUCAUCAUUCGACAAUUGCUUCAACGUUCUCUUCAUUAUCGUGAUCGAGUACGUUGGCCCAAAGUAUAGAACUCUGGUGGCGAACAUGUCCUUCGGAAUUUACUUUGCUUUCGCCGCUAGUAUUCUGCCAUGGAUCGCGUAUUGGAUCUCAGAUUGGAGAAUUUUAAGCGUCGUAACUUCAUUCCCGAUGAUCGUCGCUUUCCUUAGUCCAUGGAUGGUUCCAGAAAGUGCACGAUGGUACAUUAUGAGCGGCAAGGUCGACAAGGCGAUUGAAAUGCUGAAGAAAUUUGCAAAGGUCAACGGUAAGGAGGUGAAGCAGGAGGUGUUUGAAGAGUUCGAAAAAAGCUGCAAGAAUUUAAUCGAGAAGGAUCAAUCGCACAAUCAGUACACCGUACUGGACCUUUUCAAAUUGCCUCGGCUAGCUCGUAUUACUAUCAUACUCAUUAUUUAUUGGUUGUUGAUGGUUUGGGUAUUCGACGGACACGUUUGGAACAUGAAGUUGUUGGAUCCCGACGUAUUCACGUCGUUCUCCAUAGCCGCGAUGACCGAGCUUCCAGCAGCGAUUUUGCUGGCGAUAUUCCUUGACAGAUGGGGCAGACGAUGGAUGGGUUUCGCCUCUAUGUUUAUGUGCGGCAUGUUCUCUUUCAUCGCCCUCUUCACACCUCCUGGCGUACUAACCGUCACCAUGGCGAUCUUGGCGCGCCUUGGUGUCAAUAUCGCCGCGAAUAUUGGUUUCCAAUACGCGGCUGAAAUGUUGCCGACCGUAGUACGGGCGCAAGGUGUGUCUCUGAUUCACAUUAUUGGCUACUUCGCUCACAUCAUUGGACCUUAUGUGAUUUAUUUGGCCGAUGUCCAUCCGUCUUUGCCUUUAAUAGUUCUUGGCCUUUUAUCAUUCCUGGAUGCAUUAUUGACUCUAACGUUACCGGAAACCUUAAAUCAGGAUUUGCCCGAAACUUUGCAAGAGGGUAACGACUUUGGUAUAGAUCAGAGUUUCUGGUGGAUUCCCUGCAUAUCUUCAACUCCGCAAUUGAAAAAAUCGCUGAGAAAGAAGAAAAAGCAGCAGGAGGGCGUGACAAACGCGGGCUUCCACCACGACAGUAUCCAGACGAUCGACUCCACGAGAUUAUAGCGGCCGAUUCGUUAUAAAUAUCAAAAUUGCCAAAUCGUUGUAAAUAUUGUGGGUAAGUCGCCCGCACAUGUGAUCAUCUUAUUGUUAGAUAUUAAGCCAUGAGAUACGCCAAGUGCAGUGUGUGUGUGUAUGUGUGUGUGCGCGCGCGCGCGUGCGUGUGUGUGCGUGACGCGCGAUGACCAAACAAAAUGCACGUAUAUAAAGUUACGAUGUAAAAAAAGCAGGAUGCACGUUCAGAUGCAGACAGGGAUGCGAAUGCAUAUCGACUUUAUGCACUUUAAAGCCGCACGCGAUCGUCCCGAGAGCGCCAGAUUAUCUUUCAAAUCUGCAUUGCAUUUCUUUGCGAUAUACUUUACAUCACGUUGUUACAAUGUGGAUUUUCGACUCGCAGCUCUUUUCGCACAGAAAGGAUGCAGCAUAUUACAUGUACAAAGUUAUUUAAUUUUACGUGUACAAAGUUAUUUAUAGCUUUAGCGAGAGAAAUUAAUCAUAGUAACGUUGAGUUUUUUUCGCUGUGUCGUUUGCAAGAUAUCAAUGAGGUGAGAACCGAAAAAAAAUCGAUGGGUUUGAUUUUCUUGCGUUUUAAAGGAUAAUCAUAAAUCAUAAAGUUUUAAAGCGAUAAAUGGUGUUUAUGGUUACCGUAAAACUUUACGGUAUGCAAAUACACGAACUCAACGAAAUUAGAUCGAUUCCGAUAUCUAUUACGUUCGGCUCUUCGCUCAUUGUUCCUUUUUCCUGAAAGGCGAUAUCUUUGAAAUCUCAAAAUACGUAAGAGGUGACUUGUUUCUCGUGUCAAAUAAGAUAAAAGAUCGUCUUAUCAUAUUCAAUAUUCUUGGAAUAUAAGACAGACUAGACGAAUCGUGCUAGACAUGUGAAUGGACGGAAUCGCUGUCGCUUUCUUGAUGCGUCAUCAAGAAUUACGUAAUUGUCGACGGCUGUUAUGAAUUAAUUAGUGUUAUGUAAGUAAAAUAUUUUCAGUAAUUUAAUAUAAAGAUAGAACUAGCGUAGUCUUUUUCACACCUUGCGAUGAAAGCAUUGGUCAUCUUUCACUGCCAAAUGUGAACAUUAUCAAAACAUACAUGGGACCACACAUUUUAUAUUUCAGUCUCAAUUCGCUCAUCAACGUCAUCUAAAAAAGCAAUCGAAUAAUGAUGUAUAAAAUAAAAAUAAAAUUUAUCCUAU